AUUUGACUUUUGUUUUCGUUUGCAAGUUACAGCGUCUGGUUGUGCCAGAUUCGGUGCCACAACCAAAACACACAGAUACAACGCACUCAUACUUACUUGAAUUCUAAUACUUGAAGAGCAUAUCGAGUGCUAAGUGAAGCAAAGAUGAAAAUCACAUUAGUGAUAGCUGCUGUCUGCAUAGCAGUGGCGUACGCUGAACCCGCCAUCUCACAGGCCAGAGCCACCACAACCACAUCAACGAAGCCUGGCAGAUUCUUGUCACUGCCAGUGCCGGCGAAAUGUGCCAGACGUCCAAAGGAAUUCUCAUACCGCGGUCGCAACAUGUUCCUGUCCACCCAUGUACCAGCGCUUGCCAACAAGAAGGUCGAUUGGUUGGAUGGCCGUAACUUGUGCCGUGAAUACUGUAUGGACUUGGUCGCUUUGGAGACCCAAGAGAAGAACAAUCUGAUCUUCCGUGUCAUUCAACAGAAUGAUGUACCUUACAUUUGGACUGCCGGACGUAUUUGCGAUUUCGCUGGCUGUGAAAACCGUCCCGACUUGGAACCCAAGAACGUUUACGGUUGGUUCUGGUCUGCAACCCGCGAGAAGAUCCAAGCCACCAACCGCAUUCCACAAGGCUGGGGCUACAAUCCAUGGUCGCAAACUGGCCACAAGAAGCGCCCACAACCCGACAACGCCGAAUACGACAUCAAUCAGACCAAGGAACAAUGUUUGUCGGUGUUGAAUAAUGUCUACAAUGAUGGCAUUGCAUGGCACGAUGUUGCCUGCUAUCACGAGAAGCCCGUCAUUUGCGAGGACAACGAUGAAUUGCUGCGCUACGUGGCAGCCACGAAUCCAGGCAUUCGUCUAUAAGACGCUGCUGGAGCUGGACGAUUGGACCAUCAUGAGCGCGUGAGACGGCUGCAUUGUGUUGCUGUGUCGCCGCAUUGUCUGUGUGUGUUUUGAUUAAUUUUAUUAUUUUAUCUUAAUUUUUUACAAUUUUUUGUUUUUAAUUUUAUUUGUAAACAAAGGAAAAAAUCAAAUAAUAGACUUUAGAAUUUAUUACUGCGUGCAUUCUUGUAGCAACCUGAAAAUAUAUAAUGUAAAACGAAAAUCAGCUUAAAAUUUGUCAGCAGUUAAAACGCGAAAAUUAUUCACCCCACCAUAGUCGGUUCUACCGGUUGCCGGUAUGACGCGGAUUUAUAUUCGGCGAAGGACUGUGAUUUUAGCAGCGUUCCCCAAAAAUAUAUGGGAAUUAUUUUAUGCUGCUACAACAACACUAGCAAUAAACCCAGAUUUCUUUCAUUCUUUCGAAUACUCUGCUUGUGCUCUACUGCCAGUAUAUUAAAUAAGCCGUAAUUUUUUAUUGUUAUAAAAUAUUUAUUCUAUCUAAAUUAAUUCAAUUGAUCGAAUUUUUAUUUGCAAUGCACUUAUCCCAUUUUUUCUAAUUAUCUACAA